UCCAAAUCUAAAGGCGGUAAUAUUUCCACCCUUUACUGGCGGUAAUUUUGUAUUGGCGGUGUCCACGUUUUACCGCCAAUACGAAGGCGGUACAGAAAUUACCGCCCCAACAGAACUGUUUGUACCUCCUUUCGAGAGCUUUACCGCCUUUUUCUUGGCACUCUGAGGGAACGUUACGGGCGGUAAUAUUUUGUACCUCCUUUUACGCACCAUCUAAACGGCGCGCAAUUGGCGGUAAUACACUGUACCGCCGUUUUCCCUUCGGUUUGUAGGACCAUGGAGUGCCAGGUGUGCCUGGAGCAAUUCAACUUGGUGGAGCGUCGGCCGAAGGUCCUUCCAUGUGGGCACUCGUAUUGCUUGAAGUGUCUCCAGCAACUUCCGACCAAAGUGUGUCCCCUGGACAAAAAGGAAUUCCUCGCCGCCCCAGAAGAGUUGGUGGACAACUUCUCGCUGCUUGACACUCCCAACAGUGCGCCACGCUUCUGGUGCGUCUCGUGCAAGAAGGAGGCGUCGGCCGAGUGUGUGGAGGACCACGCCGUGCGCAGCCUCAAGAAGGAGCGAGCCGCGGAGGCGGAGCGGCACCUGGAGGCGCUGCAGCAGGGCAAGGAGGGCCUGUCCAAGCUGCAAGCAACGCUGGUGUCCGCCUACCACUACUUCGACCUGGAGAAAUGCUUGGAAAAGCUCCAGCGGGAAAUGGCUGAUCUGGACACGGCCCGGGAGCGCGUGCAGGACGCGAUGGAGGCGGACUCCGGUGGCUGGGAGCGGGCCAAGGAGACUGCAGUGCCAGGAGGAUUAGCCAGGGACGCUGUGCGUUUGCUGGCCGACCUGACGGACCCGUCGGUCGAGUGCAGUGUCACGGUGCGCCGCGGCGACGUCGCGGCGUGGGAGGGGGUCGUGAAGCCCGCGGGGAAGCCCGAGGCCAGACUCCUGCUGUGCCGACUGGCGUGCUUCGGACAGCUGAAACAAUCUGCCCAGCAAGACGAUCACCGCGAUGUUGCAGUACACUGGGAAGAGAGCACCAACACUGCGAACAUACCCGGGGCGCUCAUGAAGCCCUCAAUGGUGAUAGGCAGCAGAGUGGCGCGCGUCUGGAGACAUGGCCAGUGUGGCUACGAGAAGUACAAGGACUUCGAAGGCACACCUCCAGGGCCUGGAAUUGUGACUGCGUUUUGCUAUGAUGGAGAUGCGGUCAGUGUGAAGUGGCACCGCACUGGCCUGGUCGGCACGUAUUGGAUGAAGCCUUUUCAUUACGACCUCCGUCCGCUGCCACCGCAAAUGGAAGCGAAUGUUGGAGCCGCACCGAGGGCCCUUUGCGUCGAUUCCAUAAGUGCAUGCGCUGAUAUGAAACCCAAAUGGAAGCUACUGGCAGACACCAGCUUUGGCAAGGUCCACACCCUGGUCGGCCUGCACUGCGAGCCUGACCCUCAGUGGAGCCUGACCGUGCUCCAGCAGGUUGCGCCACACCUAGAGGGCCUGCAGCUAGUGACCCCCAAGCAGCAGCACAUCGAUUUGGUGGCGACAAUGUCGCGCCUCAAACACCUGUCCAUCACCAACUUGGCCGGGGAGCAGCUGCGGGAGGUGAGCAACAUGGCGUCGUUGCGCAGCCUGGAGGUACACUGCCAGUUUGCCGCCCCACUGCCGAAGCUCACCUUCCCAGCCACCCCCGUGGGCCUGCAGUGGCUGCGCUGCGGCGUGCACCCGCUGUCCACUGCCCUGGCCCUGGCGCGCGCGCACGCUGACACACUGGAGGAGCUGCAGCUGGUGGCGGCCUCACGGCUGCCGUACGGCUGCCCCGACCUGGCCCAGCAGCUGCAGCGCUGCGGCUUCAAGAAGCUCAAGAAGAUCGUUCUGCUGCGGCAGGACGCCUACGACAACUUCUGUCGCCAUGGCGAACCAAGCUGCAAAAAGCAGGCUUUGCACAUCAUGUACUUCCUCUCGGAGAGUAACCUUAGUGUGGACGUGCUGUGUUCUGCUUGCAACCCGGAGAAAUUUAAAACGAAGUGACUGCCAAUACUUUAUUUCACGAUCAGCUUACGCGCCACUGUUUUUGUCUGAUUUACAAUAAUAGUCAUUAAAUCAAAGUGAACUCUUGUCGAAUCUCGUAGCUCAAGUGAACAUAGCUGGGCACUUUUAUCAAUUUUUGAUCCACUCGGAGAUCAUUCUGGUCGUUUAUCUGUUUGUACGAUGUCACAAAUCUCACAAAAUCAGGUGGUUAUCCUAACGAAAUUCUCGCUUUUUCCUAUCAAGAUUUUAGUAUUGAAAACGUUUUUGUUACCAACAGAAAUGUAAUUUUGUAUUAUUUCUUAUGUGAAGUUAUGUUACACUUUUGAUAUAUAAAUUUGUGUUCGUAAUACAGAGUUUUGUGAAAUGAAAACUUAAA